AAGGUUGCAGAAAGAAGAUGGCGACCACUGGAAGAACAAAUUUAGGUGAACUACAAAUUACUCAGGAAUCCACAGAUCGGCUAAAACUUUUGUAUCCCGCUGUUAAUGAAGAGGACACUCCAAUACCUCGAUCAUGGAGUCCAAAAGAUAAAUUCAACUUCAUUGGAUUAUCACAAAACAACUUGCGAGCUCAUUAUAAAGGUGUUGGCAAGACGCCAAAAGAUGCGGCCAGCGUUCGAGCAACCCACCCUAUUCCCGUGGCCUGCGGGGUAUAUUACUUUGAGGUGAAGAUCAUCAGUAAAGGCAGAGAUGGAUUUAUGGGUAUAGGAUUAUCUGCUCAAGGUGUUAAUAUGAACAGUCUUCCAGGAUGGCAAAAGCAUUCAUAUGGUUACCAUGGAGAUGAUGGGAACUCAUUCUGCUCAUCCGGCACAGGCCAAUUUUAUGGGCCGACGUUUACUACGGGCGAUGUGAUUGGCUGUUGUGUCAAUCUUAUUGACAGUACCUGCUUCUAUACUAAGAAUGGGGUAAAUCUAGGUGUUGCAUUCACAGAUCUACCGGCCAAGCUGUAUCCCACGAUCGGCCUGCAGACUCCCGGGGAGGUUGUGGAGGCAAACUUUGGACAGAGUCCAUUCAUAUUUGACAUUGAAGAUUACAUGAAGGAGUGGCGUAUGAAAACCAAGUUAACAGUGGAGAGAUUUCCUGUCACCGACCGCAGAGGAGAAUGGCAGACCGCCUUACAACAGAUCGUGUCCACCUAUUUAGUCCACCAUGGUUACUGCUCAACCGCUGAGGCGUUUGCCAGAGCAACCGGACAACCUAUCACCGAAGAAAUUACCUCAAUUAAAAACCGACAGAGAAUACAGAGGCUAGUGCUAGCCGGUAGAAUUGGAGAAGCGAUCGAGGCGACGCAGCAGCUGUACCCGGGCCUGCUGGAGAGGAGCCCCAACUUGUUGUUCACCCUCAAGUGUAGACAGUUUAUCGAGAUGGUCAACGGCACGGACAGUGAGGUGCGCGGUGCGGCAAUACGCAGCCCAAAGUCCUGCCACAACGGCAAUGGCAGCAACCGAUCAAGUCCAAACAUGAGCCCGGUGCACUUAGGGGGCUCCCAGUUGUUAUAUUCACAAAGGACUGGUUCCCGUGGCAACAGCCCGAGUCGAGCCAGCGCGAAGGGAAACACUUCACAGAACCAGAGUUCACCACAACAGAAUUCGCACAGUCUGUCGGAGUUACGCAGACUAGAGGAGCAAAUGAACUCGGCAAACUCGGAACACUUAAUGAUGAAUGGCACGAGUUCACAAGUGAUAGACAAUGACGAUGUAGAGAUGUCUGAUGGGAAGGGCGAGGGUGGGGGGAUGAUGUUGGUGAAAAACGGGAACUCUCAAAGUGUGUGCAUGAACGGCAGUUUACACGAGUGUCACACAGAAGACAUGGAAGUAGACUCGCCUUCAAAUCGUCGACAGUUAUGUGGUGGUAGUCAGACUGCAGUAGAAAAAAUGCUUCGUUACGGCAGGGAACUUCAAGCCACAAGCUUACAGCUAAGAAGAGAGUUUGGUAAAAAUGAAGCCAACAAGAAAGCCCUACAGGAUGCAUUCAGUUUACUGGCGUACUCCGACCCGUGGUCAAGUCCGGUGGGUUACCAGCUACAGCCAGUUCAAAGAGAGUCAGUAUGUGCAGCCUUAAAUAGUGCCAUUUUAGAAUCCAAUGGUUUGCCUAAACAACCUCCACUGGAAGUUGCUAUUGCUCAUGCAACCCAGUGCAUGAAGCUCAUGUCAAAGGAAUCCAUUGGGACUUGUGCUUUCACCAGUGUUUCCGACUACCUGCACUGACAAAGAGACUCAUUAGACAUCUAGGCUAACUCAGACAUAUUGCUUCAUGGAGACGGUCAAGACAUCUGCAUUGCAACACCUGCACGUAACAGAAUCUAGAGUCAAAACACAGAAAUUCAACAUAGCGUCACCUGUAUGUGACCAAAUCUUAGGACAAAACAAAGAAAUCUGCAUAGCAUCGCCUGUAUGUGACAAAAUCUAGAGACUAAAUACAGAAAUCUACAUAGCAUCACCUGUAUGUGACAGAAUCUAGAGACAAUACACAGAAAUCUACAUAGUGUCACCUGUAUGUGACAGAAUCUAGAGACAAUACACAGAAAUCUACAUAGCGUCACCUGUAUGUGACAGAAUCUAGAGACAAUACACAGAAAUCUACAUAGCGUCACCUGUAUGUGACAGAAUCUAGAGACAAAACACAAAAAUCUGCAUAGCGUCACCUGUAUGUGACAGAAUCUAGAG